AAUUAAUAAGAAUAGUAUCUUUAGCCAAGAACAUUUUAAUUCUCUUAGCUAGAUUUCAUCUUCCCUUCUCACUUCUCCUUCUUUUAUUUCUGAUCACAGUCUUACAAACCCAGGUAUAACAAUUAAUAUGACGCACACUAAGUUAACCUAAAAACUCAAGUUUUAUAAUCAGAGGUUCUUCCUUUUUUUUCUUCAUCCAAUUCUUGAAUCUUGGAGUGUUUUUCAUUUCAUCUUCUUUUUUUGGGUUGAUAUAAAUGGAGGGUGGUGCGAGUGAUGAGGUAGCAGAGAGCAGCAAGAAGAUAGGGAGAGGGAAGAUAGAGAUAAAGAGGAUAGAGAACACCACGAAUCGCCAAGUCACUUUCUGCAAAAGACGCAAUGGUCUGCUUAAGAAAGCUUAUGAGCUCUCUGUCUUGUGUGACGCUGAGGUUGCUCUUGUCAUCUUCUCCACUCGAGGUCGUCUCUACGAGUACGCCAACAACAGUGUAAGAGGAACGAUUGAAAGGUACAAGAAAGCUUGCUCCGACGCUGUUAAUCCUCCUUCCGUCACCGAAGCUAAUACUCAGUACUAUCAGCAAGAAUCGUCUAAGCUACGGAGACAGAUCCGGGACAUUCAGAAUCUGAACAGACACAUUCUUGGUGAAUCUCUUGGUUCCUUGAACCUCAAGGAGCUCAAGAACCUGGAAGGUAGGCUUGAGAAAGGCAUCGGUCGUGUCCGCUCCAAGAAGGUUAAUAACUUUCACUUCCUUCAAUCCCUUUAUAUGCUUCGACUUGAUCUGAUUCUUGACCCUUACGUUUUAUUCUUGGCCCAGCAUGAGAUGCUAGUUGCAGAGAUAGAGUACAUGCAAAAAAGGGAGAUCGAGCUUCAAAACGAUAACAUGUAUCUUCGAUCCAAGAUUAGUGAAAGAGCAGGAAUGCAGCAGCAGGAAGCGAGUGUGAUACAUCAACAAGGGACGGUUUACGAGUCGUCUUCUCAUCAGUCGGAGCAGUACAACCGGAACUAUAUUCCGGUUAACCUUCUUGAACCAAAUCAGAACUCCUCCGACCAAAACCAACCACCUCUCCAACUUGUUUAAGUAAAGUCUAAUCAACAAAAUAAGCUCCUUAUGCAUAUGUCUAUUCAUGUUACAAUUAUGGUUAAACAACUUAAAAUAAAGACGGGUAACGAUUUGAGAGGGACCUAAGUUACAUAUGUACCUUGAUUAUUUAUAUGUAAUGUAUUGUGUACGUUCCAGCUAGUAACUUUAAGACAAGAGACUUAACUAAA